CUGCUUCCGGAAGGUCAGGCUACAGCAGCAGGGAACAUGGCAGCCGCAGCAAAACUAGUGGGUCUCUCUCGCUGCUUGUUGGCCGGGUCCAGGCUCGGUGUCCCCGCUGCGCGCACACUCAUGUGGAAGGGAAGCAGCCGCCUGGGGCCCGGGCACAUUCGCUGGUUCAGCUCAGAAGAUAAAGUGACAGUGAACUUUAUAAAUCGAGAUGGAGAUACCCUGGUAGCAGAAGGAAAGGUCGGGGAAUCGCUGCUGGAUGUAGUUUUAGAAAAAAACCUAGACAUUGAUGGCUUCGGUGCUUGUGAAGGAACACUCGCCUGCUCUACCUGCCACCUCAUCUUUGAAGACCAAAUGUUUCAGCAGCUGGAGCCAAUCACUGAUGAAGAGAUGGAUAUGUUGGACCUCGCUUAUGGACUGACUGAUAUGUCCCGGCUGGGCUGCCAGAUCUGCCUGAAGAAAUCCAUGAACGGAAUGACAGUGAAAGUGCCCGAGUCUGUGUCCGACGUCCGGCAGGCGGUGGAUAUGGGGAAAAGUUCAUGAGACGGUGGACUUGUUUUGGGGGGAAACGCUGACUUUUUCUAUACGAUUUCAUGAUUCUACGUAAUUAUCACUAACUUUUAGGUGCUAGACUGAACCAAUGGUCAAUGUAUUUCUGAUUUUGCCUACAAAUAUAUUUUGUACGUGGAUAUUCCCACAGUGUCAGACAGAGUGAGGGAGAGACCACUGUGCUUGCCCUUAACUCCAUAGUGAUAGAUGCUAUGAGUGUCUGUCCUUCAUUCCCUCCAUACACUAAAGCUUCUGUACAACAGCCAAUCAUGGAGCAGCCUCACUGCCAGCGCUUGAUCCUCUUCCCCAAGUGCCAGCGUUAUUCAUAGUCUUUUAUACAUAGAUAUGUGCUGGAAUUAAAGGCAGGAGGCCCCCAUCUGAAUGCUCCUAUAAAGGGCAGCAGUGAAAGAUAAAUAACAUUUGCCUUAAGCAGUAGCCUUUACAUUCAUUCACUGAUUUUUACAUAGUUCUUGUGUAUUAUAAAGGUAUACGUUUUUAGGUACAAGGUUUGCUUAUCCUUCACAUCACUUCCUGUGGGGGAGGGGGGAUGGGAGUUGCCAUGCUGCAAUCUUAGUCAGUGGGAGAACAUAAUAUUAUAAUAAAGUCUAACCUUGGAAUGAA